UUGCUUUCUGUAUAGGCGGAAUAACAAACUGCAAAGAAAAAAACUACUAUUCCCAUCCGUCAUUUCAGCCGCUGUUUGGUUUAUUUGCAUACUGAGAGGUUUGUGUUGUUGUUGAGGGAGAAGUUGUGAGGGCGCCGUUGCGACAGAUAUUACAAGGACGGUCAGCUGAGCCAAUCUCUUUUGCUGACAGCUGGUGGAAAGAUGUCUGAGAGCUCAAGCGACACAGAAUCUUCUUGUGGAUGGACACUCAUAAGCAAUGAAGGUUCAGACAUUGAGACCCUGGGGUCGGAGCAUGGAGCAGACGGUGGGCCUGACCCAGUCGAAAGCCCCCCUGGGCUGGAGGAGGAGGUGACGCAGAACGAGCCAAUGGCUCCCUGCGCUGGUGGCAACGAAGAGACGGCUGAGUCAUGUCUCGAUACCACCAUAAAAGAGGAAACGGUUGAAGAGACGCUGCCUGUUUCUGAGGCUGGUGAGGAGGACGUGGCGGAGGAGAACGUUCCGGUGAGCGAUCACUCCGACAUUGUGACCCUUGACCCCUCAAAGGUGGCAGAGCUGGGACCCUGGGAGGAGCAGGUGGUCCCGGAGGAAGAGUCCAUGGGCAACGAGGAACUCUACUUGGGAACUUCAUCCAGCAGCCAGUACACCUUCAGCACUCCUGAAAAGACCUAUUUGACGCUGAGCAAUUGGAAGUUUCCGGAAAGUUUCAGGGACUUGGGCAAUCGUCUGAAAGGGCAUCUGUCUGCCAGCUGCUCAUUCCCAGUAUUCCCAGUGGAGCCCCCCGCAGGAGGCUCGAGCAGUAGCAGCAGUAGUGAUGAAGAGACAGGAGAACAACCCAGCCUGACCGUGAGGAGGCGCAGGGUAAGGAGGAGCACAGCCACUGCUCCCGAGGUCGAGGAGGUGCAGGGCACGGGACAGGAGGAUGAAGAGCAACAGGAGGAGCACAAGCAAGAGCAGGAGGAACAUGGAGGCCCUACCCAGGGGCAUGUCAACGGCACCCUCAACAAAUGCAUCCUGCUGGCCCUGGUCGUUGCCUUUAGCAUGGGCUUUGGACACUUUUACGGUAAAUUUGAAGGUACAGUUCAGAUUAAAGAGAGGCAGAAAAUGGUGGAGAAAAUCCGUGUGAGUAAGCUGAGUGACACAGGAGGCAAAGCACCACCACCCCUCCCCCAUCUGGAAUUGGUUCAGCAUCUGGGAGAGGACCUAGAGGAAAAGCGUGAUACGGUGCUCUCCUUCACUGCGAUUGUGGAUAAAAUAACUAAAGAGAACGAGCAACUCAAAUUCAAACAGGCUGAGCUUCAGGCACAGAGAGAUGACCUGACUCUACGCCUGAAAGAGAGCAGGGAGCAGAAGAGCCGGGUGGAGUCUCAUCAGGAGGGCCUGGUCGUGGAGAACCGUCACCUGAAGAGCUCGCUGGAGCGGGAGGAGGCCUCCCUCUCCGCCCUGCAGGAGGAGCUGAGGAACCUGCGGGGCCAGAUCCGAAACCUGGAGGAGCGGGGCGCCGGCUCCGACUCCAUCCUGUGGGAGAACCAGCGGCUAAAGGACCACCUGGAGGAAGAGAAGCAGCGGAUCCGCAGCUUCCUCCGGCAGAAGGAGACGCUGAUGGCCGAGGCCCAGAUGCUGCGGAGGGAGCUGGACAAGGAGCGUAAGGUGACCGAGAGGCUGAAGGAGGAGCUGGAGCAGCUCAGCAUCCAGAGCACCGGGGCGGUGGGAGAGGCUGACCCAGAGACCCAGGAGCUCCAGGUGCGCCUGACGGAGCUGGAGAAGAAGCUGAACUUCGAGCAGCAGCGCUCGGACCUCUGGGAGAGGCUGUACGUGGAGACCAAGGAGGAGCGGCUGAAAGGAGACCGGCAGGCCAGAGACAGCAAGCCCAAGGAGAGCGUGAUCAGCAAGGUCACAGAGACCUUCGACGCUGUGAAGAAUUCCACUAAGGAGUUUGUUCACCACCACAAGGAGCAGAUCAAGAAGGCCAAGGAGGCUGUGAAGGAGAACCUUAGGAAGUUCUCGGACUCUGUCAAGUCCACCUUCCGCCACUUCAAGGACUCGGCCACUCGCACGUUGGAUAAGGUUCAUCACCCUCAAGAUGGAAAGUUCCAAGAGAGGAAAGAUGUUAAGACCGAAGCUCAACAUCACAAGCACCAGAAGGAACAUAAAGCUGGAGACAUGGACUCUGAUGGCCCAGUCUGGCUGCACAAGCCCCUCAAGCCCCUUCAUCAAAGUGCACAUAAGCCCAACACCGAGAGCUUUCAGACUGACCGUAACACACGGAAGCCAGGGGCCAAAGUUCAGGAGGAGCCAGAGCAAGGAAAACACAGGGAGAUGCCUAAGGGAUGUUCCAGUGUUUUCGACUGCGCCUACCAAGAGUCCAUGAGCCUCUUCAACAAGGCCCUGGACCCCAUUCGGAUGGAUGAGUUCAACCAGCUUAUCCACAGCUACCUGCAGCAAGAAGUAAACCACUUCCACCACUGGAGGGAGCUGCAGAGCUUUAUCAACAACUUCUUCCACAAUGGUGUCUUCAUUCAUGAUCAGAUGCUAUUUACGGACUUUGUUAGUGGUGUGGAAGACUACCUGGAAGACAUGGAUGAGUACCAGAGCCAUGAUGAUGACGAUGUCUUUGAGGAUCUGGAUGAAUUUGUAUAUAGACACUUCUUUGGGGAUACCUAUGCAAAACGCUAUGGGCCAAGUAGACCCUUUCAAGGGCCGACUUCAAAAAGUAAAGAGGACAGCCAGCUGGGCCAUCAGCGAAAGCAGCAGCAGGCUUAUUCUCGCCCCAACAGAGAGAAGAAAUGGAGCAGGCCAGGACACGCAACUCGGAGACACAUUGCGAAUGUCAAAAUAGAGCUGGGCCCAUUGCCAUUUGAUCCAAAAUAUUAACAAAAUCUUGGCUCAAUAGUCUUUUUUUUAUUGCUUUAAUUCAAGUGCUAUCCUAGCUGCAGUUCAUAUUACAGAUGGGUUGGACAAAUUCUGUUUCUCUUUCGUCGUAUUUGCACAAUGUUUUGUUCUGAAGUACAUUUUUAAAAAGUGCUUUUAAAGCUGACUGAAUGGAUUCUUGUUCCAUGUUUUGCAACAGAUCAUUAUUAGGUCAGCUUGGCGUCUUUGAUGCAACUUUCUUAUUCAGUCAUGCAUACAACAGUGAAAAAUGAUGCAAUAUUGUUCUCUGUAAAUUAUUGAAGAAAAUAUUAAUGUAUUUUCAUUUGCCUUGUGGGAAAUAGUUGUGACAUCUAUGUUAAAGAAAAGUUUUAUUUUGUUGUUCAAAUUAGUUUUUUCCAAGGGUUCUUUUGCUGACAGUGCAAUCUACUAAAAUCUCUCAGUUAAAUUGUAGUUCUACUACAAUGCAUUGAACUGGGCAGUUUUUUUUUUUUCUUUACUGUGUAAAUGCAUUCUGCCAGGAAACAAACAUUUCAAUUUACAGUAAUAUGCAAACUCGGUGUCAUUAGGCCACUGUACCCAAAUAUUAAUUCGAAUAUACAACCUGGUACCACAGAAUAUGUACAGAGGACCAAAAGGUUUGUUUAUUUCAGUUCAGUAUGGGAGAUGCAAUGAGUUGACAUUCAUUUUCAUUUAACUGAUGAAUAAUUAAAUGUAUAACUCAUAUAUAGUACUUGUUCCAUAGGUUAAUUUUAUCAGAUGCUUUGUGUGUUCUAAUGGUGUGAUGCUACUACAGUUGAACAUUAAGCAGCUCUGUUUAUGGAAUUGCAAUGAGCUAAGGGUGUAAUAGUGUACUUCCCAAGUGAUAAUGUUUGGUCAUGCUAUCGUUACUUUUCCUGUAACAUUCCGAUUGUAGUUUGUCUUCCUGAAGCAGAGAUAUAUUGUUUUGCAGUUAGGCUGCUGGAAGAGUGCAACUCAGAGUAGUUCUCUAAUAAAAAGACGAGUUUCUCUGUUGUGCUGUGCA